AUGUUUGCUGGCUCAGUAGCAUCGCUGACUGUGCUUGGUGACCCGGACCAUAUUGUGCUGACUUUAAGCGAAUUCGCCGAACAGGCUUAUCGCAUCAACCGUGCGAGCGAAUUGCCGAUUUUGGUUGACGCCGAUCACGGUUACGGCAACGCGCUAAACGUCAAGCGCACGGUUGAAGAACUCGAAACCGCCGGCGUUGCGGCUUUGUCGAUUGAAGACACCGAGCUACCUCGGCCUUUUGCUUCUGGCGGCAAGACCACGCUGAUAUCAAUCGAAGAAGGGGUUGGCAAAAUGCGUGCGGCCGUAGCAGGUCGGCAGGAUCCGAAUCUGGUCAUUGCUGCGCGCACCAGCGCGGUUCAAGAGUCGUGGCUUAGAACUGUAUUGCCCGAUAUAGGCGCCAUCAACCGCGGUUUAUGGCUGGCCAUACCCCGUGCACGCUACAACACGCUCAAGGCCAAGUUCAGCGUGACAGGCGGCUCAAAACCGGUCUGA